GCCUGUUUCCUUGUCGUCAUCGCUGAUGUCUCUCUGCAGUGUCACAGUCGUUUAACGCCGGGCCGACCGAGCUCCUUCAGAGGCCUAUGAAAAAGUACAGCAACUCGGCGUACUGCCAAGAGGACUUUACCCUGUAAAAUGUGGGAUAACGAGCGACAAAUAGAACAUUGAAGCUCCACCUGUGCCGCGGGGAAAUGCAGGACCAAAGCGGCAAAGCAGCACUCGGGAACCCCGCUGCAGACAGCGCGAGCGGAGCGCAGAAUUCAGUACAUUUGAACGGGCAUACUGUCACUCAAAAUGGCCACAACCCACCCACUACGCCUGCACCGCAGCCACAGCUUGAAUCCCGAUCCUCGAGUCCUGCACCCACUUCAACCACGACUGUCCCGAGGGAGCAGUGGGGAGGGAAGUACGAGUUCCUGCUCUCCUGUAUCGGGUACUGUGUGGGGCUGGGGAACGUGUGGCGGUUCCCAUACCUUUGUUAUCGCAACGGAGGAGGUGUCUUCCUCAUCCCCUACUUCAUAAUGCUCUUUUUUACGGGUGUUCCACUCUUCCUCAUGGAGCUGAGUUUAGGCCAAUAUGGAGCAGCUGGCCCCAUCACUGUGUGGAAAUGCUGCCCUCUGCUCAAAGGUAUUGGCAUUGGUAUGCUGUGUGUGUCCACGCUGGUGUGUCUUUACUAUAACGUGAUUAUUGCAUGGACGUUUUACUACCUGGGCAGCUCAUUCCAGAGCCCUCUGCCGUGGUCCUGUGAUGCUGUAGCCAAUGCAGCUCUCUGUGGUAACGGCACAACUGGCAAUAGCUCCACUGGUAAAGUCCUCAGCCCCACAGAGAUCUUCUGGAAUGAGCGUGUGCUGGGUGUGGUACACAGUGAGGGCCUCCACAACCCGGGCCCUGUCCGGUGGCCCCUGGCCCUGUGCCUCCUGGCUGCUUGGAUCCUCAUCUUCCUGUGUAUGCUCAAGGGCAUCCGCAGCUCUGGCAAGGUGGUUUAUGUAACUGCUACCUUCCCAUACUUUGUGCUCAUUGUUUUGAUCAUCAGAGGUGCUACACUGGAGGGAUCCCUUCAGGGCAUCGCUUUCUACCUCACUCCAGACUGGGAGCGAUUAAGUAACGCACAGGUCUGGAACGAUGCAGCCUCGCAGAUCUUCUACUCCUUAGGUAUUGGAGUUGGAGGGCUGCUUUCCAUGGCCUCCUACAAUAAGUUUGACAACAACGUCAUCAGGGACACUUUGAUUAUCACCACAGGAAACUGCAGCACCAGCUUCUUUGCAGGAUUUGCUAUAUUCUCAAUCCUGGGUCACAUGGCAUGGAAGAAGGGAGUGCCUGUGGAAAAGGUGGCAGAUACAGGUCCUGGCUUGGCCUUUGUUGCUUACCCAGAGGCCCUUGCUCUGCUGCCAGGCUCGGUGUUCUGGUCCAUUAUGUUCUUCCUCAUGCUCUUCAUGCUGGGGAUUGAUACGCUGUUUGGCAACAUGGAGGGCAUCACCACGGCUGUGCUGGAUGAGUUUCCGCAGCUCAGAAUGAACUCGCUACACAAGUCCUUGUUCUUGGGCGCUCUGUGUUUUUGCUUCUACCUGAUGGGUCUCCUGUUAGUGACUGAUGGUGGGAUUUACUGGUUCACUCUCAUUGACUCCUUCAGCACUAGUUUUGGCCUCAUUAUCAUCACCCUGUUCAUGUGCAUUGGCAUCUCCUUCUUCUACGGAGUCAACCAAUUUUGUCAAGACAUUAUUGAUAUGAUCCGCCACUGCCCUCCCUGGUGCAGCAAAGUGGUGCUUUACUUCAAAGCAUGCUGGGUUUUCUUUACUCCGUUUCUUCUGCUGUUCAUCCUGACCUACAUCUUCAUUGAGAUGUACAACACGUCACUCCGCUACGGGUCCUAUGUGUAUCCAAGGUGGGGUAAAGCGCUGGGCGUGUGCAUAGGCGCAGCCUGCUGUCUACAGAUCCUCAUCUGGGCUAUUGUGGCCAUCAGCAAGGAAACUGGAACACUGAAAGACCGUUUCCAGAAAUCAAUCCGACCACUGAAUUCCUGGAGGGUAAACAAUAUGAACAGUGCUGCAAGAGAGCAGCAGAACAUGGAGCCAGAGAGAGUGGAGGCUCCGUUCACAGUCACACUCACAGACAUGGACUUUACCGCCAUGACAUGGGAGAUGGGAAGCCAGGCGUGAUGGCGCCGACGGAACAGUGAUGAGCAAACUACGUUGUUGAGAGACAGAGGAAUUUAUUAUUAAGUUAUUCAUCACAGGCUCUGGUGGCCAGACUGUGUGUCCUGCAGGGCAGUGUGGACAACUUGUUUUAUUUAUACUCUUAUGUAUGUUGGAAUUACCAUUAUUUUUUUAUUUUACCAUAAAUGGUUCUUAGAUGGCAUAGUAGGACCACGACACUGGAUGUUGAUCUUGCAGUGUAUCUGCUGAUCUUAUUUAUUAUGACAGUAGCAUAGUGUAAUGAAUUUUCAUUUGCAGCAGUCAACAACAACCAGAUUCAUUUAUAAUGUACCAGGAACAAAAUAAGUGCAGUAAGUCCCGACUGUUACCUUCAACAAGCACUGAUGGGCCUAGAGAAGUGACCUCAAGUCAUCAGCCUGCCAGACCAAACAGUGCUGAUGACUAAGCCACACAGGAAUACUUUUUAAUUCAUUUUACUUUUUUAAAAGGAAUCAUUGCUGAAAUUCUUGCUAAAAAGCAAAUAAAUAAAUAAAAAAAACCAAACUUGCCAAAUGAACUUUUAUGCACUGUUCAUGUACCUGUACAAUAGUAGUCACUCAUAUGUCGUCUCACCAUCUGCAUUUCAAAUUCACUCCUGGUGAAAACUUUGUUGCUCAGAAUACACCAAUAUUGUCAAAUUCUACAUCUUUAUUGUAGAGUAGUAUUGUGAACAGGCAUUUAAGAGGGACCUCUAAAAGUUUCUAAUUAUCCUUUGUUAGCUUUUAAAAAAAUUAAUCAUAGUAUUCAGUGGGUAUUUACCCACAUGUAGUUUUUAGUUUUUUAUGUUUACUGGAAUUUGGCUUUUACAGUCCAUUGUCGAUUCCCCCUCUGCUGUUCAUUAGCAGAAAACCCUCUUUAAGUCAUUUUAUAUCAGGUUGCAUGUAUCAUCUGGAAAGGCACUCAUCAAUCAAAUGUGUCGUCCCCUUGAGGACACAAUUAUUUUUCACAACUUUCUGAGGAUGCAAAUGUUACUCUGAGUAACAUUUGCAUCCUCAGUUUAAACAGUUGUUUUAAUGUUACACAGUGGCAAACUGGCCAUACUGUUUAAUUUUUAAAGGCUGUUGGACACUCAGAUCAAUGUAUUGAGCAAUGACAUUAAUGAUGAUGGGGCAUAAGGGAGAGAAUUGAGUUAAAAAAUGCAAUAAGUCCUCACCCAGAUGAGACAGCCGACUUGGACAUGCUGGUCACAUGAACGCUGUUUAUCUCUUGAAGUAGCAGACUAGAUAACCAGAUAAAUGAUAUUUAUUAACCACAUUAUUUGCACUGUUUUGGUAUUAAGUAUCUAGAGAUCUAAUUUGUGGUGACUGAUGAAAAUCCCCCACUGUUUUCCAAGCCAUUUAUACAAACAGUAAAGAGGACACGGUGUUCUCCUCGUUAUGUUCUGUGGAACAAAAAAGAUGAUUUCAAACCCUUUCGAUCUUUAGUUUUUCAAAGCAACUUUCAAACAGGAUCAGUUUCAGCUGAGAAAUUAUCCUUUGUUCUAGGAUCGUAUGUCAUAUCUUUUUGCCUUUGUACACCAUGUUGCCAUUCUAAUGUAUAUUGUUGUGCAAAAUGAUUAAAUAUUCACAUUUGCUUCAUACCUUUA